ACGAGCAUCCCCUCUUAUUUUGAGGCGACCAUGUUCUUUUCAUCUCUUGUAAAUCUAUCAAAACCUUCUUCUUUUUUUGAUUAUCACGCUUUUAAAACAACCUUUCCCUUUUUCCGAUCCUCACAUUCUUAUUCCUUUUCUGGGUAUAAAUUCCCCACAAUGUGAAUAAUCAACUCUCAUUCUCUUUUUACAAAAUUCAGAAGUUUACCCCUCUCUAACGGCUACAUUUCUCUCUCCUCCCCUCUUCUAAUUGUCUCCAACGCUCUCAAUCUCAGCAAUCUUGCCCAAAUUAACAAACCCUACUCUCUCUCUCUGUAGUUUACUGAUCGGAAUGAAGCACUUCAUGCAGCCAAGAGAUACAAUCUUGAGAGACCCACUCAUGUGAGUCACCACUUUCGUCGUCUCCAAACCCUAAUUCAAAAUUAAAGUCAUUGUCCGCUGCCCCCACGCUCCAUCGUCAGAUCUGAACUCACUUCUUCCACCUUCUCAGGCAUCUUCCAAGAUUAAGAGUCCGCUGCCCCCACGCUCGCCCAAUCCAUUCAGACGCAAGCUUGCCACUGAUACACUUCCCGAGAACGUAAUGGUUGGGGUCCCAGACUCGGGUGUUCAAGUGAUAGUCCGAAUACGACAUGUAAAUGAGGAAGAGGAACAAGGGGAGAUGAUGCUACAGUAAGUUGGCAAUGAUGCUUUGAAAAUCAAUGGACAGACAUUCACAUUUGAUUUAGUUGCUGACAUUGAUUCGACACCGCUGGAUUUUUUCCAGCAUGUUGGACUCCCUCUCAUUGAAAAUUGUUUAGCUGGAUUUAACAGUUCAGUGUUUGCCUAUGGGCAGACAGGGAGUGGAAAGACUUAUACCAUGUGGGGACCAGCUAACGCCUUGUUGGAAGAGAACUUAUCAAGUGAUCAACAAGGCUUAACUCCCUGUAUUUUUGCGCGACUCUUUUCCCGCAUAAAUGAGGAACAAAUCAAGCAUGCUGAAAAGCAGCUAAAUUACCAAUGUCGUUGUUCUUUUCUUGAGAUUUACAACGAACAAAUCACAGAUUUGCUGGAUCCAAGCCAAAGAAAUCUUCAGAUAAGAGAAGAUGUCAAAUCUGGUGUUUAUGUUGAAAAUUUGACAGAGGAGUAUGUAUGCACGAUGAAGGAUGUCACACAACUAUUGAUAAAGUGCGAUGAAGUGUCUAAGAUGGGGAAGACCACCACACCAAUUUAACUCCAGGUUUAACUUGUUACUGUUAUUUUACUUGCUGAAUUUCUUCCCAAUACUUCAAGUGAUUGGUAUACAUACACCAAAGUACUUGGGAUUAUUUAAAGCAAAUUUUACAAGUCAUGAGAAGGAAUUACAAAAGUCAGAGAUUGGAAUGCAGCUUUGUCUCUAUUUAUGUUAUUAAUAUAAUUUUUUUUUAUGGUUCUUUAAAUAAAAAAGAAAUUAACAAAAAAGGAAUUUCGUCUUUGUAGGUUAAUGGUGUUGACUUAGCCGAAAUUGCAGGUGGGCAGGCUGCAAUAACGAACAUGCAUUCAUGCAAUGUUUGUUUUGCAACUUAACGUUUCCCUUAAACUUGGUUGUUCU